GUCUUGAAUUUGCUUGCCAUUCUGCUCUGUUCUACCAUCUCGUUACUAGACGUAGGCAUUAGACGUGACAAUCAACUACAUUUAAACUGAGCAGAAGAAAUAUUAAAGGCAGAGUCUUCAGAAGAAAUGUCUCAAAGACAGCCUCAGUCACCUAAUGAGACUUUAAUUCCAAUCACAAAUGACACAGAAUCAUCAAGCUCUCUCGUUCCCAAUGAUACCACAAAUAAAGGACGGACCGGAGACAACUCUCCAGGAAUAGAAGCUUUGUGUGCCAUCUACAUCACUUAUGCUGUGAUCAUUUCAGUGGGCAUCCUUGGAAAUGCUAUUCUCAUCAAAGUCUUUUUCAAGACCAAAUCCAUGCAAACCGUUCCAAAUAUUUUCAUCACCAGCCUGGCUUUCGGAGAUCUGCUACUUCUGCUAACUUGUGUGCCUGUGGAUGCAACCCACUACCUUGCAGAAGGAUGGCUGUUCGGGAGAAUUGGCUGUAAGGUGCUUUCUUUUAUCCGGCUCACUUCUGUUGGUGUAUCAGUGUUCACGUUAACAAUUCUCAGCGCUGACAGGUACAAGGCAGUUGUGAAGCCACUGGAGCGGCAGCCCUCCAAUGCCAUCCUGAAGACCUGUGUUAAAGCUGGCUGCGUCUGGAUUGUGUCUAUGAUCAUUGCUCUGCCCGAGGCUAUAUUUUCCAAUGUAUAUACUCUUGAAGAUCCCAACAAAAAUAUGACCCUUGAAGCGUGUACCUCAUAUCCCGUUUCUGAGAAGCUCAUGCAAGAGAUACAUUCUCUGCUGUGUUUCUUGGUGUUCUAUAUUAUCCCACUCUCGAUUAUCUCUGUCUAUUAUUCUCUGAUUGCUAGGACUCUUUACAAAAGCACCUUGAAUAUCCCUACUGAGGAACAAACCCAUGCCCGCAAGCAGAUCGAAUCCCGGAAGAGAAUUGCCAAAACCGUCUUGGUGCUUGUGGCUCUGUUUGCUCUCUGCUGGUUGCCGAAUCACCUCUUGUAUCUCUACCACUCCUUCACCUAUCAGACCUACGUGGACCCCUCCGCCAUUCAUUUUAUUGUCACCAUUUUCUCCCGGGUUCUGGCUUUCAGCAAUUCUUGCGUAAACCCCUUUGCUCUGUACUGGCUGAGCAAAACCUUCCAGCAGCAUUUUAAAGCUCAAUUACUCUGCUGCAAGGCAGAGCUGCCCGACUCUCCUCCCGCGGAUACCCCCCUUAACAACCUGGCUGUGAUGGGAAGGGUCCCAGGCGCUGGAAGCUCGCAGGUGUCUGAAAUUAGUGUGACCUUGUUCACUGGGUGCAGUGCAAAGAGGGAAGAUGACAGAGUCUAGCUUUUCAAUUAAAAACGGUAUUUUUCCUCCCAGCAUGUGUAUCUGACUCUGAGCUGUGUGUAGGUGUAUGGUGUCAGGAUUUUUGUUGUCUGUGAAUUGUGCUGAAAUCUGAGUGAGAGAUCUUGUAAAGUAAAAGACAGACCGUGAUUUUUUGUCAACGUACAAACGUUAACAUUAUCGGGCUUUCUACAUAAAACGAAGCCCCACUAGGUGUAGAAAGACAAGUCCAUAUGUCAGUGGGUCCUACAGGAGGUUGUAUGGGAGAGAAGGUGAAAUAAACAAGAUGACUCUGUAAAAUUGAAUUUGUUCCCAUCACAUCUAUGCUUCUAAUUUCUCCUAUACUCCUGUGAUUUGCGUAAAACUGUGUUCGUGUUUAUUAUGUGGUGUAAAUCUAGAGAUUAUACUUUGCAUAUGAAAAGGGGAUCGAGAAGAGAUACAACAUAACUUUCUGCAGUUUUCUUAAAAAACUAAGUCCUAAAAAAAUAAGUCUUUGCCGGAGUUUUGGACUGCUCUUUCCCAUUCAUCUCUAUUCCAUGGCAAAGCUCUGUGAUUACAAUGAAAAUGUUUCGGAGUCAGCGAGCAUGAAGUACUGAGUAAGAAUCUGGGGCAGGGUGUUUGCCUUACCGGGUCAACACUUAGUGACUUAAUGUAAUUCUACUUUUGACUACCAUUGAUAAUCGAGCAAAGCUAUCUUUCACAAACAUUGUGAAGAACUCGCCUUAUCCACAGGCAGACGAAGCGGCCACGUUUAUUGUCAUUUUGAAGGCCCCAGAGAAGGACCCCUGUUGAAAAACCUGCGAACCUGCCAGUGUCUGCAAUUUUUCCUUUAAGGAAAUCCAUUUCUUUCUGGUAAGCAGUGCCCUCUUUCUAAAAAAUGGAGAAAUACCACAUGAGAUCCCGAACAUCUGGGUGUGUAGUUGGUACCAGAUCAUCUUUCUGCUUAGCUUCUUUAAACCCGAUGGGUGCCUAAGUCCUGUAAGAGUGUGACCUAAUUAAUCUCUGCCCUUGGAAAUCAGACGGAAGGUUCUGAUUUUCUAUCCUCUACUCCUACUUGCUAAAUGCUGUGAGCUUAAUAAUUGUGAUUUCAAACAACCUGUUGUCAAUAGAUGUGUCAAAUUUAGAUUUGUGGUUUUAGAAAAUGUUUUCUCGGGGAAAAUUAAAGUAUAUGUUUUGCUUGUGUCAUUGUGAACUUUUGCUAAUGAUGUGGCCAGAAA